ACUGUUGGGGACAGAGAUUGGUGAAGAAUUUGGGUGAAAAUGUCCAAGCGCAAGAAGGGAAUGUCGGCGGACGAGAAGAGGUCGGUUCUGUUGGAGAUUUUUCACGACAAUGGAGAGUUCUACCAGCUUAAGGAUUUGGAACGGAUUGCCGCCAAGGAGAAGGGUCUCAAGGAGCAGCUGGUGAAGGGACUUUUGCAAUCGUUGGAGGAUGAAGAGCUGGUCGAGGCGGGGAAAAUUGGCCAAUCCACGUACUAUUGGUCAUUUCCUGGAAAAAGACAGAAAAUUAAGCAGCUCGAGAGCGAGGAGUUGCAACGAAAAGUGAAAAAUUGUGACUCCAAAAUUGAGGAUCUCCGAAGAAAGGUUAAAGAGACCAAUCAAGCGCAAUCGUCCAAAGCUGCUGCAACCUUCGAAGAGUUAAAAGUUCUUCAAGAAAAAGAAGCUAAACUGCAAGCAGAGAUCCAAAUCUUGAAGAAAGAAGAUAAAGGUUCCCUAAAGCAAAUGAAACAGUCACUUCCGAAACUGCACGAAGCGGCCAACCGGUGGACGGACAACAUAUUCGCCAUCAAAUCGUGGUGCCGGAAUAAGUUCAACAUCGAGGAGAAGGCGAUCGACAAGCAGUUUCAGAUUCCGCCGGAUAUGGAUUAUUUGGAAUAAAUUUUUGUCUUACCAUUCAACGAGGACUCCUUUCAUAACAUUGACCAUUGCUGAAGGUGGUGGCGGCGGCGGCGGCUGAAAAUGCCGGAAAAGGGAAAACGUGCAAAAAACCCUCUCGCGGUGCUGAGUUUGAUGCGUAGAUUAUGAGGAAUAAACUUGAAAAACCGAAAAA